GUAAGAAUUUUUUUUCCCUCGCUGUAAAGAAGACACGGUAUAUCUUUUGUGUAUUGCUGAAGCUGCAGAAAAUUACAUUUCUACGACUGAGCCGGCUGGCUGGCUAUUGAAGAUAUAACCACAAUAUAUUUGCAAAUCCACAGUAAUUUUAAUAGGACAAAGAUGGAGGAGGAUUGGGAUCGCGAGGAUGGUGGAAUUAAGAAUGGUGACCGCGGAUCAUUCCAGAGAGGUGGUGGCCGUGGCGGCCAUAACCGAGGUUUUGGUGGUAGUAGUUACGGGAACAAGGAGAGUACUUCGAUUGAAAUUUUCACUCGUAACGUAUCACGGAUUAUCGGAAGACAGGGGGCCACGAUUAAAAAGAUUCGAUCCGACUCUCGAGCGGAAGUUGAAAUUGAUGACUCGACUCCUGGUAAUGGACGAAGUACUAUUCGUCUAGCGGGAGCACCGAGUGAAGUAAACAGCGCACGAGAAGCAAUUUUCGACAUAUUAAACAAAAUUGGAGAAGGUGGUGGUGCCGGUUUUGCAAGUGGCGAUUACGGUAGGCGUGAUGAUCGUGGCCGACGAAACGACGAUGGAGGCGGCGGCGGUCGUAAUCGUGGUCGCGACUACGGCGAUCGUCCUUUUGAAAAUCGCUCUAAUGGACGUGAUGGUGGUCGUCCACGAGAGAAAAAUUCCUUUAAUUUCGAUUUUGGACCGCCACGCAAUCAUCAAGGUUUGGCAAAUGCACAGCCAAACGCAAAUCGCGAUAGCAGUCCCGGUUUGAUUGAUUGGGAUGCUCUGAAUAAGCAGUGUGAUGAAGCUAGCAGGGAACAGUGGGCCAAAUGUCCUCCAUUGGUGAAAAAUUUCUACAAAGAACUACCGGUCGUGGCCAAUAUGAGCCCAGAUGAGGUGAACGAAUUUCGAAAAAGCAAUAACAACAUCAACGUCGAUCGUACCUUCAAAAACACUGACAAGUCGUCGGAUCCAAUACCGAAUCCAGUGCGAACAUUUGAAGAAGCUUUCCACGAAUAUCCCGAUAUGUUGGCAGAGUUGAAAAAGCAGAAAUUUUUGAAACCAUCGCCGAUUCAGUCGCAAGCUUGGCCAGUACUUCUUAAAGGCGAAGAUUUAAUUGGUAUUGCUCAAACCGGUACCGGUAAGACAUUAGCUUUUUUGCUGCCUGCGUUUGUUCACAUCGAGGGACAACCGGUGCCACGUGGCGAACGGGGUGGUCCAAACGUACUGGUGAUGGCACCUACUCGAGAAUUGGCCCUACAGAUCGAGAAAGAAGUGUUCAAAUAUAAAUUUCGUGGCAUCCGGGCUAUUUGUUUGUACGGUGGCGGCGACAGACGACAACAGAUUAACAAGGUGGAAGCUGGUGUGGAAAUCAUCAUUGCUACCCCCGGACGUUUAAACGAUCUGGUCAGUGCCAAUGUAAUUGACAUUACCAGCAUAACUUACCUCGUUUUGGAUGAGGCGGAUCGAAUGUUGGACAUGGGUUUCGAACCGCAAAUUCGUAAGUUAUUAUUAGAUAUCCGCCCCGAUCGCCAAACCAUCAUGACCAGUGCAACUUGGCCGCCUGGAGUUCGGCGGCUAGCACAAAGCUAUAUGAGCAAUCCAAUUCAAGUUUACGUGGGAACAUUGGACCUCGCCGCAACACAUUCCGUAACACAGAAUAUAGAGCUCAUCGAUGAGGAAGACAAAUAUAUGCGGGUUCAAAAUUUUAUCAGAAACAUGGAACGGACUGAUAAGGUAAUAAUAUUUUGUGGCCGAAAGACUCGUGCCGAUGACCUGUCCAGUGAGUUUGUUCUGUCGGGAAUCAACUGUCAAAGUAUUCACGGUGAUCGGGACCAGGCCGAUCGUGAGCAGGCUUUGGAGGAUAUUAAAUCUGGCGAUGUACGCGUUCUGAUUGCAACAGACGUGGCGUCGCGUGGCUUGGACAUCGAGGACAUAACUCAUGUGGUGAAUUACGAUUUCCCUCGUAAUAUAGAAGAGUAUGUACAUCGAGUCGGACGAACAGGUCGUGCUGGAAAAAGUGGCAUUGCUUUAAGCUUCUUCACGCGCUCGGACUGGGCUAUUGCGUCAGAGUUGAUCAGCAUUUUAGAGGAAGCCGAUCAGGAUGUUCCGGAUGAGAUUCGAAAAAUGGCGGAAAGGUUUGCAGCUAAAAAAGAGAGGGACGCUAGAGAGAAGAAUGCAUUCGGAGGUGGACGUCGUGGUGGUGGAGGAGGUGGGGGUGGGGGAGGAAGAGGUAGAAGUGGUGGUGGUAGAUGGUAAUAUUUGAUAGAUUGAAUGAAACCGUGGUCCUGUGGCAAUAUGAUUUACAGACACGAGAUGCUCUACAUUCGAGUCGAAUGGUUUCGUUUGCUUUAGUUAUAUUCCUUGAAGAAUCUUAUUUUACUAAACUGAGUACUCUCACUCGUUUCUAAUACCUGACCGUUGUUUUGACAUAAUAACUAAAUGUGUUAUAUUUCAUCAUUUUGAUCACUAUCUGGUAAUCGCUCGAUUAUCAGUAUUCUAUGAAGAAGCUUGUUAAAAAUGAGUAAAAUGUACAAAAAUGUGAAUGGUUGAGCUAGCCCUAAGACCGUUCGAUAAAUUGCAGAAUCGAAACUGUAGCAGUAUGUGUACAAUCGAGCGAUAUUUGUACAAUAGAAUGAAAUUAAUUUCCGUUCAGAAGGCUAUUGAAUUCAAAAAAAGAAUUGAAAACUAUAAUUUCAAUCUACCAAAAGGCGUCUAAUUAUAUGUUCAUAAUAAAAGGCGAACUAUUAUCGUUUACUUUCA